CAAGCGGUACCGGAGUACCAAGUCUAGGACAAAAAGGCUUCUCAACAGUUUUUACCCCCAAGCCAUAAGACUCCUCAACAGGCAAUCAAAGGCUACCUGGACUAGUACUACAUCCACCCAGGUCUCUGUCACCAACACUACAGCUGUACCUGUAGUUAGUACUACAUCCACCAGAGGGACAACUUUGACUCUGUAUCUAAGGAUAUGUGUGAUGCUUUCUCUCCUCCUGUGGAAUAGAAUAGAGCUAUAGAGUUGUAUAAUAGUUCAUGUAGGUAGAAGUCAUGUGGAACAGUGGAAUCAGUGCAGAGAGAGUUGUGUCAUUAGAUGUAACCAGUAUGUAUAUGUUAUGUUGUACUGAAAGACAGGGUGGAAAUAUGAACGUUUUAUCAUAAUACAUGUGAAGUGUUUUAUUCUUCUUCCUCUCUUCCAUCUGUCAAACUGAAACUAUGGAGAUAUUGUCAGAUCUUCUGCUUUUUCAUUCUGAGUAACUCUUCACAGUCAGCAUAGAUAGAGCAUAGACCCCUACAUGGCCAUUGGUGGCCGGUCACAACACAGGGGGAAGUUUCCCCUAAGUACAGAUCUAGGAUCAGGUUACUUUCCCUCAAUCCAACCUUAACAAUUUGUGGAAGAAAUAUAAAACUGAACAAGAUCAGCAUCUAAGGGCAACUCCCCUCUACACCUCCAGUCACAGAGUGAGAGCCAUAAUGUGCUCUCCAUUUGAAGGCUGGGGGUGCAGUAAACUCAGUCAGGAUAUAUGUAGUGUUUAUGUCAAUUAACAGGAUCCCAAUUUAUUUUAGAACAUGAAAAAUUGGGAACCUGUGAAUUCACACAAACAUCAUAUUUCAUGAUAUAGAGUAACAUAAUGUAUAUUAUCAGACUAAGGCUGGUGGAAGUCACAUGGUGGCCAUUGUUGUGUUGAUUUCACAAUUUGUCAUCCACUGUGGUUGACUGGUAAGGAGUUUCACUACCUAAAAAGUCAGACGCAGAACAGCACAGGGAGACGACACAGCUACAAACGUACAUUAGAGUUGAGGUAAGAAGUAGAAGUUACUGUAUUUGACCACAAGUGUGUUAAGAUGUCAAAGGGAGUCUAUGAAAUCCCAGAUGGAUUUGAAGACGAUCAGACUGAUGCAAUGAAGAACACAGACAUCGAUGGCCAAAUAUAUUCCAAUGUAGGAGCCUUCAAGCCCAGUCCAAGAGAUGGAAUUGUUGCUUCAGGUAAGAUUGCACGAACACACACACACACACACACACACACAUAAUAUAUUAAAAAGGAGAGAUUACCCAGUAUUUCUAUACCUUUAUUUGUCCCAAUCCUAGAUGAUACAGUAAUAUACAUUACUAAAGAUCUUACUUUAAUAAUGUGUUAUUCAGUACAUGUUCAGUGGUGGAAGAGACCCUCUGGAGUUGCUGCAGUGUGUCUGGGGCUGCUGUGUGUUCUAAUAAUAUUUGACAGUCAGUCUUUGUUGUCAAAUUACAUAUAAGCACAACAUCAAAUGCUCAUAUUUGACAGUUACAUAUGAUAUUUAAUAGAUGUUAACAGUUAGCCUUUGUUCUCCACUUCCCCUCUAUGAUCUAUAUCUUCCUGGUAUGAUAGUGUCCUGUCCAUCAUCACAAAUAGCAAGUCCCGUUCCCUGGGCAGGAGGACUGUGUUGAGAUAUACUCUGGACAAGAUGACCAUGUAGAGACAUGACAUGGUUUAAAAUGUGCCGCAGAAAAUGCUUUAACAAUAACCACUGUAACAAUCUCUCACACUCACACAACUACGCACACAACUACACACACACACGUUUUCAAACUUGUAAACAUUUUUGUGUUAGCAUAGCCACAACUUCCUGUGUAAUUGUGUUGACACUUCCAUAGAGUUAACACCUACAGCAGUGACAGACAGAGACACACAGAUGACUCAGAGACCUUGUACUGUAGUUGACAAACGACGCUUCCUGGUGGCCAUGUUGGAAAACCACCACAUUAAUUCUAGAAGCAGAGACUUAAUGUAUAGUAGACCUACAUAGAAAGAAAGACCCAGGCAUUGUUGACGAUGUCAAAUGUCAUCUGUGCUGAGCCCGAUAUGAACAAGAAGGUCAAGUUUGACAGGUAAUAUGGAGGAGAGGAUUGUGGAUAUCUACGUCAGUGCAGACACCCUGAGAGACGGUGAGACCAGCACCAAGAGAGAAGAGACAGCAGACACUGCUCCAAACAAUGGACCAGGAGACCAGCACUCAGAUAACAGAGCCAUCAAAGAUUCUGAGGAUAAAAGGAACAACUUGUCACAGAGUUGGUCCCUUUAUAAGACUAACGCAACUGCAGAGAGAGACCAGCUACAGACCAGAUACAACAACCUGACUGAAGAGAGAGACCAGUUACAGACCAGAUACAACAACCUGACUGAAGAGAAAGGCCAUAUUCAGCUAAAGCUUUUUGUGAUAGGGCAGUAUUGUCAGGAGGGAUGGAGAUACUUUGACUCUAGUUUGUACUUCCUCUCUACUGAGAAGAAAACCUGGGAGGAGAGUAGACAGGACUGUAAGAGGAGAGGAGCAGACCUGGUUAUCAUAAACAGCAGAGAGGAACAGUUAGUUUUUUAUCUUUCUCAACAACAGACAUUUCUCUUCAACCUCCACCUGAGAGCCUGGAUUGGUCUAAAUGACUCUGUUACUGAGGAGACCUGGAAGUGGGUGGACGGCACAACACUGACUACAGGGUACUGGAGCGCAGGACAGCCUGAUGAUAAUGGGCAAGAGGACUGUGUUGAGAUAUACUAUGGACAAGAUGACCCUGUAAAGACAUGGAAUGAUGAAAAUUGUCACAAAUAUCAUGACUGGAUAUGUGAGAAAGUGGUAUAACGAUAAUCCACAGUAACAAACAUUCUCUCUCUCUGUCUCUCUCUCUCUCAAUUCAAUUCAAUUCAAUUCAAGGCCUUUAUUGGCAUGGGAAACAUGCUAACAUUGCCAAUGCAAGAGAAGUAGAUAAUAUACAGAAGUGAAAUAAACAAUAAAAAUGAACAGUAAACAUUACACACACAGAGGUUCCAAAAGAAUAAAGACAUGUCAAAUGGCAUAUUAUGUAUAUAUACAGUGUUGUAACAAUGUGCAAAUUAUUAAAGUACAAAAGGGAAAAUAAAUAAACAUAA